UUCACACAAGAGGCGUUAUGCAAUACAAGCUUUUCCUGUUCGCCCUAGCGGCGCUACUAGCGCUGAGCGCGGCGGAGGAGGACAAGAAGGCCACGGAAGAGAAGGCGGCGGAGAAGUCGGACACAGAAGUAGUGGAAGACAAGAAACAGGAGAAGAGAGGUUUAUUCGGAUUCGCCCACGGUUAUGGAGGUCUGGAUGAGGGCUACGGAGGCUACGAGGGUAUUGAGCUCGGCGGCUACGGAGGUGGAGGAUACGGAGGUGGAGGCUACGAAUCUGCUGGAGGCUACGGUCACGGAGGUUACGGCCAUGAAGAACAUAUCAAGGCCAUCACAAUAACUAAGGAAGUCCAAGUUCCACACCCGGUCUAUGUCGAGAAGAAAGUCCCAUACCCAGUAAAGGUCCCUGUCGAUAGGCCAUACCCUGUCCACGUACCAAAACCAUACCCCGUGCAUGUCGAGAAACCUGUCCCAUACCCCGUCAAGGUUCCAGUUCCCCAGCCCUACCCCGUCCAUGUCGAGAAGCCCGUUCCAGUUCCAGUGAAAGUCCCUGUUGACCGUCCCUACCCCGUUCACGUACCCAAGCCAUACCCCGUCUACGUAGAGAAGAAGGUCCCUUACCCUGUGGAGAAGCACAUCCCUUACCCAGUGAAAGUCCCUGUGGAUCGUCCAUACCCCGUCCACGUACCUGUAGAGAAGCCAGUGCCCUACCCUGUAGAGAAGCCUGUACCUUACCCUGUCAAGGUCCCAGUCGACAGGCCAUACCCUGUCCACGUACCUAAGCCCUACCCUGUGCCAGUUGAGAAGCCAGUCCCUUACCCCGUAGAGAAGCCUGUACCUUACCCGGUAAAAGUACCAGUCAAGGUCCCAGUUAAAGUACCUUACCCAGUGGAAGUCAAGGUGCCCGUUCACAUCCCAGUACAUGUGAAGAAUCACUAUGAGCAUGACUAUGGCGGCGGCUACGAGAGCUACGGAAGCGGUUCCGAAGGAGGUUAUGGAGGAAGCUACGGAGGAGGUUAUGGAGGAAGCUACGGAGGAGGUUAUGGAGGAAGCUACGGAGGAGGUUAUGGAGGUGGCAGUUCUUCUUACUCUACGCACACAUACCAUCACUAACUAAGCUAUCUUCUCUUGUACUUAUGUAAUAUAUGUGUAUAGUGUACUUUUAUACGAUUGAGAUCUUUAGUAAAUAAACUAGUAUUAUAA